UUGUUGUCAUAACUACUGAAUCCCUCAAGUACAGUAAAGUCAAACGGGGUCCAACAUUUAUAACAAAGAGUGUACAUUGUACCAGCCCUAUACUUUUAUUGGGACGACUAUAAAAUUGUGUGCAACGUGUACGGAUGUUUGUCAUGAAAACGUUUCAGAAAUUUUGUCAUUGUAAGGUUAUGAAUGUGUAUCUAUUCUUUUUUAAUUUUUUACUAUUUAUUAUCUUGUCACUUUACUAUAAACAUUGAUACAUAAAUUGAUUAAACAAUGUGACAAAAUAGAUAAAGUUUUAAUUAUUUAUAACUAGACCGCUAUUUAUUAAAUUAUAUCAACUUCAAAAAAACUUGAAGCAUUAUGGAAAAUUACAAAUAUUUGAUUUAAAAUAUUUAUUCACGCCUGAUAAACCAGUUAGUUAGUUAGUUUUAGUUGAAAGACAAGAAACUAAGUGAUAAAACAAAAAAUUUUUAUUAGAUUCAUAGUUAUAAAAACAAUAAGCUAUAAUGUUCCGAUCCAAAAUUCGUAUUCACACAUGCCAAGUUAUAUUAUUAACUUCUCUAGUAUGGUUUUUGGUCGAUGUGAUGAUACUCAUGUUUUAUUCAGAUUGCAUUGGUAAAUCUGGAUGGGGAUGUUCAGAUAGUAAAGUAAUAAGCACUGAAGAGAAUUUAGCUCUCUCGAAAACUUCUGUAAUAAAUGAUAUUAAACCAACUAAUGAUUACAAUAAUAAAAAAUAUAAGCAAUCAGAAUUACAACUAUGGCGACCAGCAAAGGUAGUCAGAGAAAAUAAAGGAAGUCCUGGAGAGUUAGGAACAGCCGUUCGGAUGCCUCCAGGCAAUGAAGCAAAACAACAAGAACUAUUCAAGUUAAACCAAUUCAAUCUUGUGGCAACUGAUAUGAUUGCUUUAAAUCGGUCAUUGAAAGAUAUUAGAUCAGAAGGAUGUAAAACGAAAAAAUAUCCUAAAUAUCUACCGACUACAAGUAUUGUCAUUGUUUUUCAUAAUGAGGCUUGGAGCACAUUACUUCGAACAGUCUGGUCUGUUAUCAAUAGAUCACCUAGAGCAUUAUUAAAGGAGAUAAUUCUAGUUGAUGAUGCCAGCGAGCGUGAUCACUUAAAACAGAAUCUCGAAAAUUAUGUUAAUACCUUACCUGUUCCUACGUUCGUUUUACGUACAGGAAAACGCUCUGGAUUAAUUAGAGCCAGAUUACUAGGGGCUAAACAUGUAAAAGGGCAAGUAAUAACUUUUCUUGAUGCUCAUUGUGAAUGUACUGAAGGUUGGCUUGAACCUUUGUUAUCAAGAAUUGUAGAGAAUCGAUCAACUGUAGUUUGCCCAAUAAUAGAUGUUAUAAGUGAUGAUACAUUUGAAUAUAUCACUGCCAGCGACAUGACAUGGGGAGGUUUUAAUUGGAAACUCAAUUUUAGAUGGUACCGUGUUACACAAAGAGAAAUGGAUAGACGUAAUGGAGAUCGAACUGCACCGUUACGAACCCCUACCAUGGCAGGUGGUCUAUUUUCCAUUGAUAAAGACUAUUUCUACGAAAUAGGAGCAUACGAUGAAGGAAUGGAUAUUUGGGGAGGUGAAAAUCUCGAAAUGAGUUUCAGAAUAUGGAUGUGUGGGGGGACAUUGGAAAUCGCAACAUGUUCGCAUGUUGGACACGUGUUCCGUAAGUCAACGCCAUAUACAUUCCCUGGUGGUACAAGCAAAAUAGUGAACCACAACAAUGCGCGGCUUGCUGAGGUCUGGUUGGACCAAUGGAAAUACUUCUAUUACAACAUUAAUCCAGGUGCAACGAGUGUCCCGGUUGGUGAUGUAUCUGAACGUGUACAAUUACGUGAAAAACUAAAGUGUAAAAGCUUCAGAUGGUACUUGGAGAAUGUUUAUCCCGAAUCUCCUAUGCCUUUGGAUUAUCAUUAUUUAGGUGACAUAACGAAUCUAGAAAUGCGGAACUGUUUAGAUACUAUGGACAGAAAAACUGGAGAGAAUGUUGGUUUAAGUUAUUGUCAUGGUCUUGGUGGUAAUCAGGUAUUUGCCUACACUAAGCGACAACAAAUAAUGUCAGAUGAUAUGUGCCUCGAUGCAGCAAGCCCUCAAGGCCCUGUUAAAAUAGUUCGUUGUCACGGGAUGGGAGGAAAUCAAGCGUGGUCUUACAAUGAAGAGGAUAAAAUGAUAAGACACACUAAUACAAGACAUUGUUUAUCCGCGUCUCAAAGUGGAGAUCUAACAACACCAAUUUUAAUUCCAUGUGACCCUCACAACCUCAGUCAAAAGUGGAUAAUGGCUAGUAAAUUUAAAUGGCAAGCUAGCUAAUAUCAGGUAGCUUACAUAGGCAAAAAUUUUGCACAACGCUUGUUAAUGUAUUUAUUAUAUUCUAAUCUGACGAUUGACUCAAAAAAAGCUUUUAAAACCAGAAUAAAAAAUCUAAAAUGAUUUUAGAUAUUUUUUAAGUAGCCCGAGUUUUUAAAAUAUUGUUAAUAUUUUAUUAAGUUGAUAGGCUUUAUCAGAAUAUAAAUACGGAAAAAUAUGGAAAAAAAAAAAAAAAAAAAUACUACAGUAUAAAACAAUUACUGCCAUUUUAUGGUAAACAAAUAUUAUCAAAUCUAUAGUAAUUAUAACUAUAGUGAUCGUUAAUAAAAAUUCCAAUGAUCUAAUAUGAUGGCAUUUAUGCUAAAGUUAUUAAACCAUAAUGAUGAAGCAUAUCAAACUUCUGUUAAAAAUAAAUAUUUGUUACUGCACAUAAAAUAAAUUAAGAAAAAAAAGGUUUUACUAUCGAUGAAUCACAGGGAAUGAGUGCAAUUUUUAAUCAUAAACAUUUAUUUAUGAAAACGUCUCAAUUAUAAUCGAUUGAAUGUUUUUAAAUGCAAUGACAAGUUAAUUAAUUUUAUUUAUCAGAUUAUACCAGGUUAUAUCAGGUUAUACCAAUUAAUCUAUUAGAAUAUAAGAAAACGGAUCAAAUUAUUUAUAUUAUUAAAAAGAUUCGCACUUGAAAAAAAAAUUAGUAAAUGAAAAUAAGGUUGCAUUGCUGCAAUUUUGACUCAAAAAAAAGAAGACUGUAUCUAUACUCUAAAUCCGUUUUAUGUGACCAUUUAUUACUUGAAACUAAAAUAUUUAAUGUGAAAAGUUAACGUGUCAACCAAUCACGCGAUUAAAGACUAUGAUCACACCAUUUUAAAUUGUAUAACUAUAAUUUUAAAUAUUUUCCGUUUUUUUGAUUCUACCAUUCCUAAAAGUAUUGGGACAAGUAAUACAGGGUCUAAUACUUUUGAAAGCAAAGGACUCGAGAAAUACCGAAAAAUAUUAAACUUUUUGGAGUAGCGAAUUUAUCAUCAUUCAGUCACAGCCGUUAAUCGCAUGAUGGGUACAGAAUUCAUAAGAAAUGUCUUUAUUUUUCUAAAUUUUCGUUUUCAGCAUUUUUAUUAAAUAAAAAUUUAUAUUAAUCGUAAUAAACUUUUUUAUCAUUUUUCUUUGUAGAAAUUACAUAUUAUAUACAAUUAUAUUAUUUUUUAACAUUUUGAUAUUCACAAAUUUUUUUUACUGUGUGAAUAUAAAUACUUUUGACAACACACGUUGAUUGUUAUAAUUAUAAUUAUCAUAUAUUGUAUUUAUUCAUUAUUUUUUACAUUUCUAAGAAUGUAUUGAUUUUUAAUUACUGUCGCUAUACCUCAUUGUUAUGAUCUAAUUAUUUAAAUUUCACUUCUUUGUAUUAUAAUACUUUGAUUUACAAUUAAUGUAUGAAAAUUAAUUAAUGCUCGUUGAAAAAAUUAUACACUCGAAUAUAAUAGUUAUAUUAACGGUCAUACCGUAGUAAAUAAAAAUGUAGCCUCUUCUGGUGUAUUAUUAAAAAUACAAAAAAUUUGGGUCCAUAAAGUUACGGACAUACUCCGACGACAGUAAUUAAACAUCA